AUGGAUAAAGUUUGGACGCUAGAGACUAGCGGCUUUCCACGCUCUUUACAGACUUUAUCUACCUCUGAUACUCUACGAGAGCACGAGAAUGAAGUAUUACGUGACCAAAUCCAUGAUCUCACGGAAUUAUUAGCGGCCUUUGAUCUCUGUGAGCUGCAAGAUUCACACUUGAUUACUGUACGAGAUCGAGCAUUUCAACGUGAUAUUACACCAGAUAUAGAGGUAUAUCGGCCUUACGACAUGGAUUACCACCGUCCAUUGGAGCAACAAGAUAUUCAACAGGCGUUGAAUGAGGAUUCAAGUGAGCAAACGAGGUCGAGGUCUUGCUACAAAGAGCCCAGCGAAAGCUCCGAGUGUUUUGAAAACAGUUCGAGCAUUGUGCUUGAUAUGGACAGUCUGCAGCAGCGAAUGGAGCUGUUGGAACGAGAAGUGAUUAUCUUGCGCUUACGCCAGGAACUCUCUGAAGAAACAACGUCGAAGUUGCAAUGGUCUGCAGUCAAUAUUGAAGCUAGUCAUGCGUCCCAUGAUCCAAAUGUCGACCCUGAUCAAGCGCAGCGAGAUCGCAUUGUGUGUGAGCAGGAGAAACAGCGCGAAGGAAUCAAGACAGCGAUGCAAGAGCAACAGGAACGUAUUGCUGAACUGGAAGACACAUUGGCGACGGAAGUGAGGAAAAACGCGGCACUGCAACAACAGAUCCUCCGCUACAGCCAAGUAGAAAAUAUUCUACUAGAGUUUAGCCGAUGUCACUCCUCCACGUCGUAG